CGGCUGUGCUGGGGAAGAUGGCGGCUGCGCAUCAGCUAUAAAGCUUGUUAUUGACACAAUUUGCGGAAUAUUUCCAGCUUAGCCAACUUCGUGUGGAAAUAUUCUUUUGGGGAUGCCCCGGAGUUCACACUGUACAACCGGAGAAUACAGAGGAUAUCCAAGGUACUGACUGGUUAAGAUGGCAACUGGCGGAGCUCCGUUUGAUGACUGCGCAGACGAGCAGGAGCUGCACAACUGGACCAUCGCCAACGGCAGUCUGGACGACAGGCUCAAUAACAUGGACUGGGGCGUGCAGCAGAAGAAGCCUAACCGCUCCUCUGAGAAGAACAGGAAGAAGCUCUCCGCCAUGUCCGAGAGCCGGCUGACCAAUGAUAUCUCUCCGGAGUCGACGCCAGGGGCGGGCCGCAGACGGGCCAGGACGCCCCACUCCUUCCCACACGUGAAAUACACUACACAGAUGUCCGUGCCCGACCAGGCCGAGCUCGACCGGCUACGCCAGCGGAUAAACUUCACCGACCUGGAUGAGCGGAGCAUCGGCAGCGACUCUCAGGGCCGCGUCACUGCAGCGAACAACCAGAGACAGCUGUCGUCUGAGACCAAGAAACCCUUUAAUUUAUCACUACACGUCAACACUAACAAGAGCAAGGAGCCCCCUGCCGCUGCGCCCACCACGCCGGUGGGUAAGGAGCCGAAGAAACUAAGCCCGGGGAAGGAUCUGUUUGCCCCGAUGCCCACCCUGCCCGUUAAGGAGCCUCGUGGGCUGGACCGAAACUCCGGGACCACCGUGGAGGAUCGUAGAGGAGAGCCAGUGAUCGACAGCAGCCAGGUGGUUAGCAAGCUGGUGCAAAUCCGCGAGUACAUCAGCAAGGCCAGCUCCAUGAGAGACGACCUGCUGGAGAAGAACGACGUUCCAGCCAACGUCGAGCGGCUCUCUCACCUCAUCACUCACCUGAAGGAGCAGGAGAAGUCCUACCUGCGCUUCCUGCAGAAAAUGCUGGCGAGAGAGAAUGAGGAAGAGGAGGAGGAGGAGGAUGAAGGUGCCACGGUGGACUCGGCGGUGGGCUCGGGCUCGAUGGCCGAGAGCACGUCUCUGAACUUAGAGCCGCGUUCCGAAGCCUCAGACGCCACCGGCUGUGGGAUGCGAGGGGAGCAGAAGGAGGAGCUGGAGAACCUGCGGAAGCAGCACGACCUCCUGCAGAAGAUGCUGCAGCAGCAGGAGCAGCUGCGGGCGCUGCAGGGCCGCCAGGCCGCUCUGCUCGCCAUGCAGCACAGCGCCGAGCACGCCAUCGCAGCUAUGGACGACACGGUCGUGACUGAGACUACAGGAAGCGUGUCCGGCAUCAGCAUCACUUCAGAACUUAACGAGGAGCUCAAUGACCUGAUCCGACGCUUCCACAACCAACUGCAUGACUCCCAGGCGGUCCCUGAUAACAGGCGUCAGGCUGAGAGUCUCUCUCUCUCCAGAGAGGUGUGCCGCUCUCGCACUACCCACAGUCCUCGGGGGCAGCUGCCACCCGCCGCCGCGUCCUCUGCUAGUGCCAAGCUCACUAAACUGCAGGAGCUCCAGGACAAGAAGCAGACAAUGGACAAGAUCCUACAGGAGCUCCAUUCACUCCGAGACCAGACGCUCAACAACAGCUCCUGCCGUGGCGCGUCUCAGCGAGCCGUGUGUGCAGGAGUAUCAGAGCGUCCGUCAGUGUUGGGGCGCGAAGGCAACAGCGCCAGUGCGGCGCGACAGGAUUCCUCCUCUUACGAUGACGACGGCCAUCCAGCUGACAAACUCAGGAAGCUGAAGGAGGUGCACAAGCGGCUGAACGAGCUGAGAGAGCUGGUUCAGUACUACGAGCAAACCUCCGACAUGAUGGUGGACGCGGUCAACGAGAAUGUAAACGACGAUGAGGAGGAAGCGACGGAGGAUGGGUCACUUUUCGAGGCGAUGUUUGACUCGGAGCAGGAGAACCGAGAGCCGGUCACCACCAUCAGGAACCCAGCCCAGCCACAGGCUGCAGGUAACUGGAUGGACAUGAACACUCUGACCAACGCCUGCAGCAGCUCCAACAACAGAGACGGACGUCUCAACUCUGAGUGUGAAAUUAACAACCGCUCUGCUACAAACCUGCGCAGCCUCAACAUCCCCUCGGCUAUUGAGUGUCAGUAUAACAGAGACGGCCCUUACAACGGCGCAAAGAACGGAAACGGUGAUGAAGACGAGGGCGAAGACGACGAUGGAGCUGAGGAUGAAGAUGGCGCGAGGCGAAGGAGGGACAGUUCGGGUUCAGGCUCGAGCCGCAGGAGCAGCAUCGCCGAGGACGCAGAGUUCGCUCAGAAGGUCCACCGCCUCCAUACGGCCAAGCAGAAACUCCGGCAGCUCCAGGAACUCGUCGCCAUGGUGCAGAGUGAUGAUACAGAUGGUACUGCGGCCAAUGAGGAUGAAGGCUUGCACCAGCAGCCCAACAACACCAGAGCAGCGGCACCCAAAGCCAAAAGAGAGCUUUCCCUCUCGGACAAGGCCAGGGAGAAGCUCUAUGAGGAGAAGCUGAGGCAGCAGCAGCAGGAGCUGAAGCAGCUUCAUGAAGAGAGACAGAGACUGAUGGAGAUUCAGGGAAAAAUACAGGACCUGCAGUGGGCCUGCCCUGAUUUACAGUCAUCGAUCUCCAGCAGCACCAGUGGUGCAAUGAUGAAGAAGCUCCCGGCUGCAGCCUCCACUCCGGCUCCUGCGCCUGUAACGGCCGCUUCUGCUGCCAAGAGCAACACAGCGGUCCUCAAACCCACGACUGAGCCUGCCCCAGUGGCGGUCACUGACAAUGAGCUGUGGUCGGAGAUGCGCAGGCACCAGGUGCUGAGGGAGGAGCUGAGGCAGCGGAGGAAGCACCUGGAGAGUCUAAUGGCGGAGCAGCAGAGGAGGAGCGCGCUCAGUGACUCCCCCUACAGAAGCGACAAGCACACUACACGCAACUACAGCCGUGACGAGAGGACCAUGGCAACAUGGGGUGGUUCCACACAGUGCCCCCUGGGUGAGGAAGAUGAUGAAGACUUCAUGUCUGAGCCUGGGGCAGAGGAGGAAGAGGAGGAUGAGGAAGAUGAGGGAGAAGAAACCAGCUCCAGUGAUGAUCUUCAGUCGUUCUCCAACAGAAAACAGCAAAGCUCCAGCAACAGGAAGAACAGAGACAGCGUGAAGGUUGUGGGUGAGCUGUCUGGUCGUCCCUCCCCCCGCCGCCCUCGGCCGCAGCACCGUCAGCAGAGCGAGAGGGAGGGGGCGUGUCCCAGAUCCGGAGCGAGGAGGCAGGAGAACCUGCGCUGGGCUGCCGAUCUCUCUGCCUCCGAGGGCACCACACACACUCACUGGCAGGAGCAGGUCACACAGCUGCAGAAACAGCUGGACUUCAGCACGGCCAUGUGCCAGACGCUGCUGCAGGACCAACAGACUCUAUCCUGCAUGCUACAGUCUGUGUUGACAGGGCCGUACAACGUGCUGCCGAGCAACCUGGCCUCCCCGCAGGUUCCUCUCAUCAUGCAUCAGCUCAACCAGUGCUACACACAACUCGCCUGGCAACAAAACAACGUCAACAGGCUGAAGCAAGUUCUCAGUGAGCUCCUCCGGCAGCAGCAGCAGUCGUCAGGGCAACAGCAACAGUCAUCGUCGUCAGGGCAACAGCAGCAUCAGACUGUAGCUCAGGAUUCUGUGUCUUCAUCUCUGUUUUUCCCUUUCCCUCCUCUGAACCCACUCGGCAUGUCUGGAAUUGCCAACUUCUCCCCGAUGUCUACUGGUUUCAACCUCUCUCCACUGUUCCCAUCAGCGGGGCCAGAGGUCCAGCAGACGUCCGGCGUUCAAGCCAGUCCGGAUCAGCAGCAUCACGACAUGUCCCUUAAAACAGAGUACAUGAGCUUCCCCCCGCCGCUGCAGAGGACUCCACUCAACAACGCUGACAAACGCUCUCAGAGUGAGCCUCAUGGCACCAGCUGGUUAAACUCCUCCCUAAACAGGUCAUGUGACCAGCGUGCUGCCGUCCCCACUGACCGCGGUCAGUCUCAGCUGGACUCUCCCUCGUUGUCUCCGGCCCCUCGCGCCCCCACCUACGCACCAGAGUCACAGGACUCUCUCAGCAGCCUGCCGGACCGGGCCGACCCCACCACAGUCACUAAAACAUUCAGACCGGGACGGAAGGCCUCAGCUCAGGCCAGCCUGGCCUCCAGAGACAAAACCCCUAAGAGCCGCCGCAGGAGGGGCAAGGGCCACAAAAACACGGCAGGUUUGGAGUCAGACAGUGCUUCAAGCGCCACAGAGUUUGGCCCGGAGAGGGAACGGGAGCGUUCCUCUCAGCCAAAACCUCGGGAUACGAACCAGAGCCUCCUGGACAAACUCACCCAGGAAAAACUGGACAGCAAAACCAAGAACAGCAAACACAACGACGUCUCUUCAGCGUAUGCUUGGAGAACUCCCUUCCUCUCUAACCGAAUCGCAUGCACAGAAGCUCCAGACGCCAGCAGUGAUUUCUCCCUGUUUGAGGCUCUGAGAGAGACCAUCUACUCUGAGGUGGCCACACUGAUCUCCCAGAACGAGUCUCGUCCUCACUUCCUCAUUGAGCUCUUCCACGAGCUGCAGCUGCUCAAUACCGACUACCUGCGCCAGAGGGCGCUGUACUCACUGCAGGAUAUCGUGACCAGGCACCUGACGGAGAAGAGUGUUGCGGAGGAACAGGGGUCGUCACUAGGCCCAGCAGUGUGGGCCGCAGGAUCACAGUCUGAACUCACUCCCAGCGAGAGCCUGGCCACUACUGAUAAUGACGUGUCCGAGAAGGAUGUGAGGGUGAACGUUGGGAAGAGCGCUCAAGAUGGAGAUUCGGUGGACAACGAGAGCCUGAUGUCCACGUCCUCCAACCUGGAGCCGUUUGCCAGCGAUGAUCUGGGCAACACAGUAAUUCACUUAGAUAAGGCUCUGGCCCGUAUGCGGGAGUUUGAGCGCAUGAAGCUAAAGGCGGAGUUUGCUGUCCCUAACGCUGAGCUUUCUAGUGCUGCUGCUGCUGCUGCUGCUGAUUCGGCUUUAACUGAAGGUCAGUCCUCUGCAGACGUGCGCUGUCCUCAGAUCGACACGCAGCAGCUGGACAGACAGAUCAAGGCCAUCAUGACUGAAGUCAUCCCCUUCCUGAAGGAGCACAUGGGGGAGGUGUGUUCUCCACAGCUGCUGACGUCAGUGAGGCGCAUGGUGCUGACGCUGACUCAGCAAAACGACGACAGCAAAGAGUUCAUGCGCUUCUUUCACCGACAGCUCGGAGGCAUCUUACAGGACUCUCUGAGUAAGUUUGUUGGCCGCACGCUGCAGGACUGCGGUGAAGACCUGCUGGUGGAAAUCUCCGAGAUCCUCUUCAACGAGUUGGCCUUCUUCAGGCUCAUGCAGGACAUUGACCAGAACACACACCGGCCCAAGAGACGCAGCGACCCCACACCACCAAAACACACCCCCACCACCACUGAGGUGAAGAAGUCUGGAGAAGCAGAAAAGACCUUUUCACCAUCGUAUUUCGACGAGGAUAAAGACCAGGAUGAGACUGAGCAGGGAGGAACGCCCCACAGCACUGAAGGAGAAAGGGAGCGAACGGAAGAGAAAGACAGACACAGCAGCGAAGCUUCAGAGGGGGAAGAGGAGGAGGAAGAGGACGAGGAUGAAGGAGAAGGCCUGCCUCUCUCCAUUAGCCUGUCGAAAGCAGAGACGCAGGCGUUGAAUAACUACGGCAGUGGGGAGGAUGAGAAUGAACUGGAGGAAGUGGAGGAGUUUGAAGCCGGACCUGUAGAAGUGCAGACUUCACUGCAGGCCUCAGACUGCACAACAGAUCAGACCCAGUGCAGUGGAGAUUUACCAAACGGAGCAGCUCAGGAGUCCAAAUCGGACCAGGAGAGCACAGAAAGCAACGAGGUUAAAAGCACUAAAUCGGAGUCCAUAGAGGUGAUGGACUCUCCGGAGGAGGAGCGGGAGGCGGGAGUCGCAGAAAUGGAGAGGAAGGAGGAUUCUGCUGCCCCUGCUGUCCCCUCAGGUCCAGAAGCCCCUUUAGCACAGGAGAGUGCUCAGGGGUUUGGGUCUGCCACUGCCAGCCCUCAGACAGACUCCCCUGUUAUGGUCAACGCUGAUGAGGUUGGAUCCGGGAACACUAGUCAGAAAUCAGACGAGGAGGAUUUCGUGAAGGUUGAAGACCUCCCUCUUCAGCUCUCAGUAAUGUGUGAGGAGGAGCUGCGUAAGCGGAUCACGGCUGAACAGAGGAACAAUAGCCUCUCUGUUGAGAUUCUGAAUGGGGCUGCGGAUGGAAUGACUGGACUUGUGGGCAACGCACACGGUCUCAAAGAGCCAGAAACCAUCGGAGCCCAAAGCGCGUGAAAACGGCCGUUUUUACAGCACGUCCUCGCAGUGACACUACAGAAGCAUCAUCUUCACUCUUAUCAAAUGUGAUUUAACUCUUCAAGACUUCAUCUUGGAACAUAAGUUCAGCCUAAGCCUUGCCGACGUAGAGCGCUGUUGCGUUUCAGUGGCGUUUAUCCAAGCUUAUUUUACCGGCUUACAGGUCAAGGCUCUGUAUGUAUUAGUUGAUUUUACGUUGAAUGUUUUAGAGCGGUUCUAGGAGACCUUCUUCGAAAAAGGCGAGUGAUUUUCACUCUGUUUUGCUCUUAUUUUCCUCUUCUCUUAAAGCCAAGCCUCACACUGGAAACACUUUUUACCGUCGCGGCGGGUCCUGUUACGAAACGUGAAGUUCGUUUAUCUCUUUCUUUCUCUCCCUCUGCGUUUCGUCCUUCCUUGGCAUGUUUUAUUUUUGUUUCUUUUAACUCUGUGCCUGACUAAACGGCCCCACAGCCUCCUAAAUAUGCACUUUGACCCCAAAAAAGCAGGUUAUAAACAUGAAGGCUUAAGGUCAGCUAGACGUUUAAGACCCUGAAAUCAGAUUGAGGUCGGUUAUUUUUUUUCUGGUCGUCUCUCAGAUUAGCUGAGGUGGAACGUGACCAUGAGCAGAAAGCUGGUUUUGGAGAGGAAACGUGAGCAACGAUCUCCGCUUCUUUCUCCUCUGUGUCCCAUGUGGGUGAUGUUUCGGCCUUAAUGCACUCUUUACUCUGUGUGUUCGCUCUUCAUUCUUACCUUUUCCUUUUUUUCCCUUUCUUUUUAAGUCUUUCUCAGUGCUUUUGGGUUCUCUCGCCCCGUUUGAUUGUUUUUUCUCGGAUGUUAACGUCGAGGUUUUAAGAAAAUUAAUAAAAUGUUCAUUUUUACCGUUUCCCUCUGAA